CAGAGGAAUUUGCUUACCAUCAUUCAAGAAGUAUCAAGAAGUUGUUGGUUAUAUUCGGCCAGUUGAAUAAAUAUCUUUAUACUUUAUUAAUUGUAUGGAAACUUUUUGUGCAUCUAUUUUGUAAGAGAAAUAAUUGUAUAUGAUUGUUUGAUAUAAGUAAUAAGCAAGUCAAAAUAUAAAAAGACUGUGGACCAGGGUCUAAACAAAUGCCAUGCUUAUCGAAAUAGUGUUACUUGUUCUAUUCUUGAUUGGUGUUUUUCAUUAUGUCACACGAUAUGGUAGAAUUGGAAAACUGGUUGAAGAUAUACCAGGAAUACCAGCUUGGCCCAUAGUUGGAAAUUUACCGCAUUUGAUGGGUCUCUCAUCAGAGGAAGCAUGGAAUGUAUUCAGAAAACUCAACAACGACUACUAUCCAAUAUUCAAGUUUUGGACGACACAUGAAGUCGUUAUAAAUAUACGCCAUCCAGAUGAUGUUGAAGUUCUUUUAACAAGUAUUGAUAAUAUUGACAAAAGUACUGCUUAUCACCUCUUACAACCCUGGCUUAAAACAGGAUUAUUGACUAGCACAGGUAAAAAAUGGCAAGAACGAAGGAAAAUUUUAACACCAGCUUUCCAUUUCAAUGUGCUAAAAAAGUUGAUGGAAAUUAUUACUGAGAACUGUGAAAAAACCAUUAAAUCCUUGAAAUUAAACAAUAGAGAUGAAUCUGUUGAUGAUCUUCUACAAUUCACUGCAAAUCAUACUUUAAAUAUUAUAUGUGAAACUGCAAUGGGCGUAUCAUUAGAUCAAAAAAAAGAUUUUCAAAAAAAAUAUAGAGAUUCAGUUCAUGAGAUGGGUGAGAUCAUGCUUUAUAGAAUUGCACGGCCAUGGUUCCGUAAUGAACGUAUCUUUAGCUUUACAGAAAAAGGUAAAGAUCUAGCAAGACAUUUAAACGUAUUGCACAAUUUUUCGAAAAAAAUCAUAAAAGAAAGAAAAGAAUAUCAUACUAAGACAAAUGAUUGUUAUCUAUGUGAGUUAGAAUUGAAAGAUUCAACAACUGAAAUGGAUGUUAAUAUGUUUGGAUUUCAGAAAAAACGUAUGGCGAUGUUAGAUCUGCUUAUUUCAUGUUCUAAGACAGGAUCGCAUAUAGACGAUCAGGGAAUCCAAGAAGAAGUGGAUACUUUUAUAUUUGAGGGUCAUGACACCGUGGCAAUGGGUUUAAGUUUUUCCCUUCUACUAUUAGCUGAGAAUAAAAGUGCUCAGACGCGUGCAAGAAAUGAAAUCAACGACUUAUUUAAAAAAAAUGAUGGUAAAAUAGGAUUUUCGGACAUGCAACAGCUCCACUAUCUUGAAAUGUGCAUAAAAGAGUCUUUAAGACUUUAUCCAAGUGCACCGUUUAUAUCAAGAAGAAUCACUAAAGAUUUGAAACUAAAAAAUCACAUAAUACCAAAAGGUGCUAUAACUCACGUUCAUAUAUAUGACCUUCAUAGAGAUAAGAAUUUUUGGUCUGAACCUGAGAAGUUCGAUCCAGAAAGAUUUUUGCCUGAAAAUGCACGAGGACGUCAUCCUUUUUCUUACGUUCCUUUCAGCGCUGGACCUCGUAAUUGCAUCGGUCAAAAAUUUGCCAUGAUGGAGUUAAAAACGACUAUUGCUUACAUUCUGCACAACUUUAUAUUAGAACCAAUCGAUUUUGCUCACGAAGUGCCAAUAAAAGCUGAUAUAGUGAUUCGGCCAUCCAAACCACUUCGCUUGAGGCUUAUUUCUAUACGUAACAAUGAAUGAAAAAUGGUCAAGUAUAACCUUUCAGGUUUUUUUUAAUUUAAUU